AUGCAAGCCCUAGGUUAUAAUCCCCGGUUAAUCAGCGCCCUUCGCCGCCCUUCGCCGCGUCUCAAGUUGCGACAAUUCUCUUCGUCGUCGUCCUCGAAUUACUCCGACCAGUCACGCGGAGGGCGUCCUCGAUUCUUCUCGGAAACCCUACCCUCUUCGAAGGGAGGCAUUGUGCGUGUGAAAGGUGAUGAGUUCUGGCACAUGACCAGGGUUUUACGGCUUGGAGUUAACGACAGGUGCAGCAUUCGUUUCAUUCUGUAUCAGUGA